AUGUGCCUCCAUCCGCCGCCGCCACAAGAGUUCUCCCUCGAUUUGUACGACGACAGAGCCUUUAUUAGGGACGGCCUAGAUCUCGCUGCCGAUGCGUCGACGGUGGUGAUGAACCUGAGGGAGCCCGGGGUCUCCUCGAUCGAGACGUCGGCUAUCAAGUUCACAAAAGAGGGUGGUAUCUCCAUAACUGCUUUUGUGGAAAAAUCUCUAAGACAUCCUCGGGCCCCGACUUUUUUCCUGUCCCAAGUAAAAGAUACCGGCUUAGGAAUUAACCCACAGGAUAUUCCCAAGCUGUUCAUGAAAUUCGUACAGUCUCCAGUACCUUCGCGAAGGAGCUCCGGCGGCUUCUCCCUGUUUCAGAUACGACAGGCAAAAAAGUGA